GCUCACACACACAACGCGACACAGUCAGGAAGAGCUGUCCAGCAGAAGACGCAACAAUGGCGGUGGUACAGGUCCCAUACACAAAACUUGCAUCCUUGAACAUUGGUUCUUCAGUGACAAUCAAUGGGGCACCUGCCAUGUCUUUCAUCAUGAGCCCAGAACUGCAGGUGGAUUUCCACACUGGAACUAAAGAGGACUCCGACAUCGCCUUCUGUUUCCGAGUGUACUUUGGUAACUGCGUGGUGAUGAACAGCCGUCAGUUUGGGGACUGGAAAUCAGAGGAGAAGUACGAAGGUAUGCCUUUUGUGGAUGGCCAACCAUUUGAGCUGUGCAUCUCGGUGCUUCAGAAUGAGUACCAGAUAAAGGUAAAUGGCCGUGAAUGUUACAAAUUUUCCCAUCGACUCCCGCCAAAUACUGUGAAGAUGAUCCAGGUGUGGAGAGAUGUCUCCCUGACUUCAGUGAGUGUCUAGCAGAGAAGGAUGUGACCAGAAUCCCCACUGUCAAGGAGAUCCCUCCACCUAAGUGACGCUGUGAUUCCCAGAGCUCGCUAACAACAUGGGUUCUCACCUUCCCUUACACUUGGUCAUUAAAACUCCUGAGAACUUAAAUAGAUUUGCUUCAUGUUUCUGAGGGGAAAAAAGAGAAAAAAGAUUAAGUGCUCAACACUUAGAGGGGCAUGAGAGUACUGUGGGAGAGGUCAAGGAAUCAGAGAGGAUAAAUGUUUCUCGGACACAAGGAGUGAGGGACAGGGUCAUGGGAUGUCUGAGAAGACCUUGGUGACAAUGUCCGUAUGUAGUACUUACGAUAUGUCAGACUCUGAAGCAAAAUCCUUCCCCAAUUUCAGACAACUAAACCAAGAUAUUAGGUAUCUGGCUCAAGCCACAAAGCUAAAAUUGGUAGCUGGGGAAGGAACUUUGUAUUUGGAAGACA